GAAACAAUCUAAAAGAUAAAGACAGGCUUUAAGCUUUGCUUGUCAAAUUAGCUUUGGUUUUUUUUUUUUCUUCUUUAAGCUUCUUUCAAGAAAACGACGAAAAACAACGAAACAUAAACUUUUUUCCCCCUUCAUUCGUUCAUUCAUUCACUAAAAAGAAAAAAAAAAGAAACUAUUAUCGUUAUUGUUUGGAUGGAUUCUGAUGAGUUUCUUAGAAGAAGAAGAAGAAACACAAACAGGUCAAAUAAGCCAAAGCUGUUCACUUUUCUCUUCAAACAAUCAGCUUUUUCUUUUGCCUUUCCUGGGUUUUUCACUUCAUGAAAGCUUUCACGUUCUACUGCAUUGUAUUGUUUCCUCUGUUCUAUGAUCAGUUGUAGGUUUUGUUUUGAAUUAUUCAAUGGAAUCACUUGUUAUUUCUUCACCCAAGAGCCAAAAUCCUGGUUCUGGUAUAGCCAACAGUAGCUCUGCUUCGACAUCCGGGACGCUGAGUUCUUCCCGGCCUCCGUCUCCGAAACAAUCCGGGAACGAAGGGCCAUCUUCUACAUCGCACGGUACUACUCUUAGUCAAGGCAUAAGGAUUAUUCGGCAUCCGAACGGUUCUAUAGGCUAUCAAAAGCAUCCAUGCAAAACAGCCUAUGACAACUUGCAGCAUGAAGAAUUGCCUAAUAUGGGAAAAUUGUAUUACGAUCCGAGUAAGGGGAAAUCCGAAUCAGUGGGAAAGGACGAGGUUCUUAUUUCGACCCAGAUGAAGGUGUUGACAGUGGAAAGUAAAUCUAGUAGCUUCAAACAUCCCAUUGGUGAUCAUAUGAGUUUGAAUUCAAGUGGUUCAUUGGAAUCUGAAAAUGUUCUACCAGGUUCAUGUAAAGGAGGUGUUGUGCAGUUGAACAACCAUACCGGAUCUGAACAUGAACCGAACUUUUGUCCGACUCCUUCGCAUAGUGUGUGCACCGGCACAACUUAUACUGAAGCCAAACCAAGUUUCACCAACACAGAAAUUAGUAAUUCGUGUGAUGUGGUCGAGAGUAGGAAGACAAGCAUGUAUCGAGGGAGUACUGGCAGCAAUGUUAGCGAUGAAAGCGGCUCUAGUUGUCUAAGCAGUGCCAUCUACAAGCCCCACAAAGCAAAUGAUAUACGAUGGGAAGCAAUUCAAGCUGUGAGAUCCCGAAAGGGAGACUUGGACUUUAAGCACUUUAGGGUGUUGAGGAGACUCGGAUGUGGGGAUAUAGGCAGCGUUUAUCUAUCGGAAUUGACCGGCACUCAAACUUAUUUUGCGAUGAAGGUUAUGGAUAAAGCUCUUUUGGCGAGUCGUAAGAAGCUGCUCCGAGCCCAGACAGAAAGAGAGAUUCUGCAAUCUCUGGACCACCCCUUCCUACCGACCUUGUAUACGCAUUUUGAGACAGAGAAGCUGUCUUGCUUGGUCAUGGAGUUCUGCCCUGGAGGAGAUUUGCACGCACUCAGGCAAAGACAACCUGGAAAGCACUUUUCAGAGCAAGGUGCCAGAUUUUAUGUUGCGGAAGUUCUCCUUGCUUUGGAGUAUCUUCACAUGCUUGGGAUCAUAUACAGAGAUCUUAAGCCGGAGAACAUUUUGGUGAGAGAAGAUGGACAUAUAAUGCUUUCGGAUUUUGACCUCUCUCUUAGAUGUGCUGUCUCUCCUACUCUGGUCAAAUCCUCGAACUCGACCCUGGAAUCAAAACAUUCCUUGUACUGUGCUCAACCUGCAUGCAUUGAGCCAACUUGUGUGGUGCAGCCGGAUUGUAUCCAACCUGCAUGUUUUGGACCACGUGUUUUUUCAAGCAAGCCGAAGAAAGAAAAGAAGAACAAAGUAAAGAUCGAAACGGGCCAUCAAGUGAGUCCGCUUCCUGAGCUCAUAGCAGAACCUACCAAUGCUCGAUCGAUGUCCUUCGUGGGCACUCAUGAAUACUUGGCACCGGAGAUCAUUAAAGGUGAAGGGCACGGAAGUGCUGUAGACUGGUGGACAUUUGGGAUCUUUCUAUAUGAACUUUUGUUCGGUAAAACCCCAUUCAAGGGCAAUGGUAACCGGGCAACUCUCUUUAACGUGGUUGGCCAGCCAUUGAGAUUUCCUGAGUAUCCAAAUGUAAGCUUUGCUGCUAGGGACUUGAUUAGAGGUUUACUUGUAAAGGAACCGCAGCAUCGGCUUGCUUAUAGGCGUGGGGCUACCGAAGUUAAACAGCAUCCGUUCUUUCAGAGUGUGAAUUGGGCACUCAUUCGAUGUGCAAAUCCACCCGAAGUGCCAAAGCAAGCCAUGAUGGAAACACCUAUGAAUAACAAGGGUCCGGGUUUAGAUGUGAAGCCUUCAGGUAAUUAUUUAGAGAUUGAUUUCUUUUGAUUCUUGUUCUUUCUUAGAAACAGUGUUUCGAUAUCGAAUUCUGCUGCAAUGGUCUGAUGUUUUGCUCGUGAAAACGAGCUAUAAAUCGUUAGUUCCAUUUCUGUUAGAACUCGAAGCAUGAUUAACAGCUCUGCAAAAUGCAAAUGAAUAGAAAUGAGGAUAGAAGUUGUUGCCACUA